AGCCGCCCCCACCUCCCGCCCGGCGUGCGGCCAUUAGCAUGACAAAGCGCUCCCCCGGCUCCCCGUCCGCCAAUGGGAACGCACCGGCCGCCGCCAGCUGCCAGCGCCGGAGCUCCGCGGGCUUAAAAGGAGCAGGAGCCGCUGGAGCUGCGGCAGGACGUGGGUAUUGGGUUGUUGGGAGGAGCUGGGGGUUAUCGGUGACAGCGCUGCUUGGCGACACGCUGCUAUGACUCUGGAAGAGGCGCAAGGACAGGAGCCGGUGCCCGCGGGCAAGGACUGGAUGCAGGGCGCCGGCAAGGCCCUCCACGAGCUGCUGGUGUCGGCGCAGCGCCGCGGCUGCCUCACUGCCGGCGUCUACGAGUCGGCCAAGCUUAUGAACGUGGACCCAGAUAACGUGGCGUUCUGCGUGCUGGCGGCCGAUGAGGAGGACGAGGGGGACAUCGCCCUACAGAUCCACUUCACCCUCAUCCAGGCCUUCUGUUGCGAGAAUGACAUCGACAUCGUGCGUGUGAACGACCUACCCAAGCUGGCUGCUGCCGUGGGAUCCAACGAAGAGUCUGGUGAGCCCAGAGACCUGCACUGCAUCCUCAUUACGAACUCAAAUGAAGAUGGCUGGAAGGAUCCAGCUUUAGAGAAGCUGAACUGCUUCUGUGAAGAAAGCCGGAACGUCAAUGAGUGGGUGCCAACUAUUGUCUUACCUGAGUGACUAUGGCCUGGCAUGCUGGGGAGGCUGAAACCUCUGUUGCAUUCUCAACGUGGUGUUGGUUCACCGAAGUGUGCAACAAGCUGCUGAUUCCAUGGAUUAGCCUGGUCAAGGGACUGGAUUACAGUCACUCAGACUGGCAUGCUGUGGGCUCUUACAGAGGAGAAAGGAAAAGAAUAGCUCACCUCAUCAGUGGGUGUCAGUAGACUGCAGCUGUGUGGAAGAUAAUGUACUAUGGAACUGAAACGAGUAUUGCAAGUUUCCUGGUCAAGUGGAUCUGUUUCAGAAAGCAGAGAAAGUUAGGGGAAGUGGUCCAAAACUUCACAGGAUUGAACAGUACUGUGACUAUAAGCUGUUGGUGCUGUCUACAAAACAUGAAGAGAAGCAAGCUUCAGUACUUCUUGGACUUUUAGAGACUAAUUAUCAAGGCAAAUACAGACACUCUUAAAGCAGACAGACUUCAACAGGCCUCUGGGCCAGUGUACUGGUUUAAUAAUGCAAUAGUUUUUUUGUUUUUUUGUUGUUUUUUUUUUUUUUAAACGUUUGCUGCUAUGGAAGCUUUCAUAAUAAAUUUUUGACACUUAA